UUUUUAUUAUAUGAAAAUAGUUUCUGCUUAGACAAGUGAUUGUGGUUUAAUAAUAUGAUGAUGCUUCCAAACUUACUGAGUGGUUUUCUCGUGUGCUUUUGCGCCAUCGGAGCGCAGGGUGCAGUUACAGCUGGCCAGCUAUCGGACCUUAUGACGUCACUUUGGCACAGUGACGUCAAUGCCGCCACGAGCGUUAGAGUGCAGCUGCAGGGUCACACAUACACGGGGUCAACUUCGGAUAGGGCAACCAGCCCGUUGUUUAGCUACGUUAACGACCAGUACUACUUUUCACGCCCGACCUACGCGGCGUUACUUAGUCUCCUUGACAAUUACAAUCACGCGGUUGGCUCCGCUGAGCAUACAUCAGCUCAAGAAUCACAGGAAGUGACGUCAUUCCUCGAUGAAAUCUCCAAGACAACUGUUAUGCAGAAGGCACAUGACUUCCUUAGCCAACACGGUUAUGUGGGACCUACUUGGAGUGAUUUCGAAACAACACUUCGACAGAUAUGGUUCGCUACGUACCCACGUCAUGGGGGCACUUACGACAGUUCCGGUUUUGAGCACGUGUUUAUCGGGGAAACGGACAGUAAAGGCGUGGUCGGCUUCCACAACUGGAUACAGUUUCAUUUACAGGAACAGAAGGGCAACCUGGACUAUCUGGGAUAUAUAUUCUCUAAGGCGCCAAACACCCUGGGCGUUCAUUUCAUGUGGCUUCAUAAGACGAAGGCGCUGGGGUCGUUCAUCUAUGGCACAAGCCCCGAAUUUGACAUCGCGAUGUUCACGGUGUGUUACCUGACGCAUAAAAACCAGCACUGCAACUUCUCCGUGGACGGACAUAACAUGGAGGUUCUCACGUAUGAGAUGACGCAUGGGGGCGGGGGUCACCUGGGAACAGGAUACGUUAACUAGGGGACCAGUGUAUGAAAACUUCUGGUGUAAUAAAUGGCUAUGAAUGUUCAUAAAAGUAUCUGGAUAAUAA